CAGCGGCAGAUUCAUUCAUUGCGUGUUGCUGCAGUCGGUGCUAAUUAUCUACCAGACAUAAAACAGCCUGCUGAUUGCUACCAACGUUGCAGCGAAAAUGUCGAAAAAACAGAUUUACUACUCUGACAAGUACAACGAUGACGACUUCGAGUACAGGCAUGUAGUGCUUCCAAAGCAGCUGUCCAAACUGGUACCAUCCUCCCACCUGAUGUCAGAAGAUGAAUGGCGAGGACUUGGUGUGCAGCAGAGCCAGGGCUGGAUUCACUACAUGAUUCAUAAACCAGAGCCACACAUUCUGCUUUUCAGAAGACCCCUCCCAAAGAAUUAAAUGGGAACAUCUGAAAAAUACCUGUGAUCCUCCGUGCUGAUGAUGUUGCUGUUGUUCAUACAUUUCUAAUGUGCCUGUCUACUUUCUCUUAACAUGUAGUGUAGAAAACUGUAAAUUAAAACAUCUUUUUGUGUGAUUCUGUUAUUUCUAAGUAAUGAGUCCAACAGCUAUUGUUACAUCUGCUGAAAAUAUUAAGCUU